GGCAGCCCAGAGAGCGGCCCGGCGGGGGCCACAGGCCCCCGAGUAUAUUUCCAGAACCCCCCGGGGGAGCCGGGCCAGGAGGAGGAGGAGGGGCCGGGCCGGCGCCAGGGGAAGGUCACGGUGAAAUACGAUCGCAAGGAGCUUCGCAAGCGGCUCAACCUGGAGGAGUGGAUCCUAGAGCAGCUCACGCAGCUGUACGACUGCCAGGAAGAGGAGAUCCCAGAGCUGGAGAUUGAUGUAGAUGAGCUGCUGGACAUGGGCAGCGAUGAGGCCCGGGGAGCCAGGGUGAAGGAGCUCCUGGUUGACUGUUACAAACCCACUGAGGCUUUUGUGGGUGACCUGCUUGACAAGAUCCGGGGCAUGCAGAAGCUCAGCACCCCCCAGAAGAAAUGAUCCAUCCGGUCCUUAGACCCAGCUGAAGGGGGAGGAAAGGAGGGAAAGCAACCAAUGGCACAGGCUGGGGUGGGGGAAUCCCUUCUCUGAAAUCUGAGGAUGUAGAAGGGGCCUCCAGAAGCUCCCCAGUGCAUUGAUAAUCACUAGCCAGCUGGACAACUCCUUAGCAAUACCCCCACUUGAGCCUCCUCUGUUUUUGGUAGUGGGGAGUCUCUGGGGGAGGUUAUGAUUUUUUUUAGGAUUUUUUUUGAGGUUUUUAAUUAUUAAAUGAAUUUUCUGUUAUGUUUUUAUAUGAAUUUAAUAAAAGAUGGUUU